UGAUUCGUAGGAAAGAAAAAUUGGUCCUUGUAUCUUAUCUAUUUGUUGGCCAUGUGUGUUUUGUAAGGAUGAAGAUUCAUAAAUUAAAUGUCAUAGGUACUUUUUAGGUUAUCUGUAAGCCUUAAUUACCUUUGUGUUCAUGAUGAAUACUCACUUCAGCCUUACUGGUCUUAUGCUGGUUUUGUUGUUGCAUUUGAACUGUUAUUCUUUAUCAAUUGAAUCUCCGGAUAUCACCACGGACCGAUUAGCUCUUCUGGCAUUGAAAACCUACAUUGAAGACCCUCAAAAUCUCUUGACGGCCAACUGGUCGAUGACGGCUUCUGUUUGUGAUUGGAUUGGUGUCACUUGUGGAUCCAAGCACCCCAGAGUCACUUCUCUGAUUCUUUCUAACAUGAGUCUUACCGGAACUAUCUCACCUCACUUGGGAAAUCUCUCAUUCCUUGCUCGGCUCGACGUCGAAAACAAUGGCUUCCGGGGCACGUUACCGAUGGAAUUGGCUAAUUUGCACCGGCUGAAAUAUAUCAGCUUUGGUAAGAACAACUUCAGUGGGGAAAUCCCUUCAUGGUUCCGUUCUUUGGCUAGACUUGAAUACUUGUUCCUGCAAGAUAACUAUUUCACAGGUGUUAUCCCGUCUUCUCUGUGCUAUUUGCCAAAGCUAGAGAUCUUGGAUCUCCAUCAAAAUAAUCUGAAAGGACAGAUUCCUGAAGAAAUCGGAAAUCUUCCUAGCUUGAAGACGUUAAAUUUGAAGAACAAUCAGAUUUCAGGUUCCAUACCUUCUUCAAUCUUCAACAUAUCUUCAUUACAAGAUGUUAAAUUCAAGAGCAAUUAUUUGAGUGGUUCAAUACCCUCAAUCCCAAACAACAUGUCUUCUCUCCAAAUCAUUGAUUUUGGAUGGAAUAACCUCACUGGUCAUCUCCCAUGGAAUAUGUUUGAUCCCCUUCCUCGACUUCAAGAGAUUUACUUGGAUAAGAACCAAUUUUCUGGUGAAAUCCCAGCUGGUUUAUUCAAGCAUGAACAACUGCAGGUUUUGUUCUUGUCUCACAAUCAAUUUGGGGGGACUGUGCCUGAAGGGCUAGGGAAUUUGACUACGCUCAAGCAACUGUUCGUUGGCUGGAACAACUUUAGAGGUGAAAUCCCGUGGCGGAUUGGGAAUCUUAUUGGACUGGAGAUGUUGAGCUUUAUACAUGGUGGAUUGGAAGGUCCCAUUCCUUCGUUUAUUGGGAACCUUAGUCUUCUUACUGUUCUUGAUUUAAGCUUUAAUAACUUCACAGGUACCAUUCCCAUUGAGAUUAGCAAUCUUCCAAAUCUGGACACCUUAUAUUUGGGAGACAACAUGCUCUCUGGUCCAAUCCCUCCUGCUAUCUUCAACAGUUCAACAAUGGUGUAUUUAUCACUGCAAACAAAUAGCCUUUCAGGUCAUCUUCCACCUACUCUUUGGCUUCCUCAACUUCAAAUCUUUUAUCUUUCAGGAAAUCAACUUUCUGGAGAAAUCCCUCCUUCUCUCUCCAAUGCCUCUGAUCUUACUAGUAUUGAUAUUCCAAAUAAUUCAUUCUCUGGAUCUUUACCGGAAUCAUUUGGAAACUUAAUAUAUCUUCAAAAUCUCAACCUUGCAUAUAAUAAGUUCUCCAAUAAACCUUCAAGUUUUAUCUCAUCUUUGACAAACUGUAGAUUCUUGAAGAACAUAUAUAUUGAUGAGAAUCCAUUAGUCAACACUAAUCUUCCUGCUUCAAUAGGGAACCUGUCGGUUUCUCUUGAUGUUUUCUCUGCUUCGGGGUGCAACAUCAAUGGCAGUAUCCCGAAAGAAAUCGGGAACUUAACUGCCUUGUUAAGCUUGAAUUUGGACAACAAUGAACUGAUGGGAACAAUUCCUACUACAGUUGGAAGAUUAAGAGAGCUGCAAUCUUUGUCUCUUCAAGACAAUGAUUUGGACGGAUCGAUUCCGGUUGAUAUAUGUCAUUUGGAGAGGUUUAGUUACUUAAUUCUCACCAACAACGAUCUCUCUGGAUCGAUUCCGGCUUGCUUGGGUAAUAUUACUUCUCUGAGAGAUCUUUUCUUAAGCUCUAACAGGUUCACAGGUUCAAUACCCUUGACUUUGACAAGGCUUGAAGAUAUCAUGCACCUCAAUUUAUCUUCGAAUUCUCUAAGUGGCCCGCUGCCGGAGAACAUCGGAAAAUGGCAGGUUGUCAUCGAUAUGGAUUUAUCAGGAAAUCAAUUAUAUGGUGAUAUCCCUGUUGGCAUUGGAGAUCUCAUAGGCAUAACUCAUCUCUCUUUGUCUAGUAAUAAAUUGCAGGGCUCUAUACCAGAGUCCAUAGCUAAAAUGAUAGUCUUGGAAUUCCUGGAUUUGUCGAGGAAUAAUCUGUCCGGAACGAUUCCCAGAUCCCUUGAAAAGCUUUUGAUGCUCAAAUAUUUCAAUGUCUCUUUCAAUAGGCUACAAGGGGAAGUUCCUAACGGAGGAGCAUUUUCGAACUACUCGAUUCAAUCAUUCAUGGGAAAUCAAGUAUUUUGUGGAGCUGCUCGAUUGCACCUGCCACCAUGCAAGAUUAAUGCACAUAGAAGUCGAUCCAGGAAGGUUAGAAAGCUUUUAGCGUAUAUUCUACCACCAGUAGCUUCCGCAACAAUGCUAGUACUGGCCUUGAUUAUCAUUUCUUUACGAAGCCGAAAAGGGAAAGCAAGCAUCCCAACUCAAGGAGAUGUUUUACCUUUAGCAACAUGGAGAAUGAUAUCAUACCACGAGCUUCAAGAAGCGACUGCAUGGUUUUGUGAGAGCAAUUUUCUCGGUGCGGGUAGUUUCGGCUCGGUCUACCGAGGAACACUAGCAGAUGGAACGAUUAUUGCAGUAAAGGUCUUCAAUGUGGAUUCGGAAAGAGCCUUCAAAAGUUUCGAAGUUGAAUGUGAGGUCCUGAGACAGAUUCUCCAUCGGAAUCUGGUCAAAAUCAUCAGCAGUUGUUGUAACCUUGAGUUUAAAGCUCUGGUACUUGAGUUCUUGCCUAAUGGAAGUCUAGAGAAAUGGUUGUAUUCUCACAACCAUUUUCUCGAUAUUUUACAGAGGUUGAACAUAAUGAUAGAUGUCGCAUCUGCAUUAGAGUAUCUCCAUCACGGCCUAACAACAUCCGUGGUGCACUGCGACAUAAAGCCGAGCAAUGUUCUUCUUGAUGGUGAUAUGGUUGCACAUCUAAGUGAUUUCGGAAUUUCGAAACUCCUAGGCGAAGAAGACUCAAUGAUACAAACCAUGACAAUGGCAACUAUUGGCUAUAUGGCACCAGAGUAUGGAGCUGAAGGGAUCAUUUCCAUAAAAGGCGAUGUAUAUAGUUUUGGUAUUCUUCUGCUGGAAACUUUCACAAGAAAAAGGCCAACGGACGAAAUGUUCUCGGAUGAGAUGAGCUUAAAGGAAUGGGUGAAACAAUGCUUACCAUCUACAUUAAUCCAAGUUGUGGAUACAAAUUUGCUAAGUUCUGGAGAGAGACAACAUUUGGCAGCAAAGGAUUGUGCUAUGUCCAUUUUUGCAACUAGCUGGAGAAUGUUCUGCAGAUUUACCAGAAGACAGAAUUGACAUGAACAACGUUGUUGUCAAGCUGAAGAAGGUCAAAACUAAGUUUCUAAAGGACAUACAAUGGGUUAGAUUGUUGUGAAAUUCGGGUUAAUUUCCACCAAUAACAGAU